AUGAACGUGUUGGACGUAGAAGACGACAGCUUUCACGUCACACAUGAAGGCUACUCUCAUCAGACUGACUCAGAGUGGGAGGUAGUCGGCCGCUUGAGUGUGCUCAUGGGCGAACCCGCCAUCAGUGGUAUGUUGGAGUCCCUAAGCAAGAACCAGCUUUAUGCUGCUACUAACAAGUUCCUACAAGGGGAACUUGCUGUCGAAAGACAGAAGAUAGCCUUGCUGCAACAGCAAGGCUCUCAUCAGUCGAUGGGCGGGCCGACGCACAUGCGUCAAUCCGAAACCUUGAGGAUUGAUAUCUCAAGGUAG